CUAUGUGGCAACACAAAUCCGAUAAUCUAUAUUAUGUUAUUCAAGCCAAUUGAGGUCACUUGAAAUUUGAAUGUGAUUGAGCGUCUCAGUCGCCAUCGAAAUGAGUUCAAUCGGAGCGCUGACGUCAGACAGCGAGUGUGACGAGAAGAAAAGCUCGGCGUCUUCUGUUGGAGGAGGACCUGUGAACGUGACAGCAUCGUCAGGAGUCCAGCAGCAGCCAAUGCAGUCCUCAACAACACUAAGCAGCGGCUUCAUCAGUGAGGGCAGAGGUGGUGACAUCAGCAACAGGAGCAACAGUGCUGGCAGCAUCAGGAGGGAUAGUGGUGGCAGCAACAGGAGGGAUAGUGCUGGCAGCAACAGGAGGGACAGUUCAGGCAGCAACAGAAGGGACAGUGUGGCUAGCAACAGGCGUGACAGCGGAGGCAGUCUGAGGGCAGGGGACAGCCGUCAUGGCUACUCUAGCAGCUCCCCUCAGAUGUCUUCCUCACACGACCCUCACGAACACAGCAGCGUGUCGCUCCUCAGGGCCGAGCUCAAGCUCGUGAGCAAGGAACGGGACAACCUGAAGAAAGAUCUAAAAAAGCUAGCGCGUGACCGAGAAGAUUCGGUUAGCAGCCGAGGGUCUCUCUAUUCAGACCGUCCUGCCAAUUUCGUAAGCAGCAGCAGUGGGAUCAGCAGCAAGCAGCCGAGCAUUGGAGGGCGAGAUUAUGAAAUUCUCAAGCAGCACUACGAGAAAGCACUCAUGGAGAUCCAGUCACUCAGAAAGCAAAAUCAAGAGAUCACUAGAAAGUAUGAGAGUGCUGCCAAGGAAGCUGACUAUUACAGGAAGCAGGAGAAAGCAACUUAUGGUUCACUCCAGAACUUGCGCAUGCAGUAUGAAGAGAUUAUGCAAGAGAAACAAAAGCUUGAAGAUGAAGUGACAUCCUUACAGACUUUGAUGGAAGACGACAGGAAGGAGAUAGCUGAGCUGAGAAGACAACAACAGGAGGCCAUGUCACAAGAGGGUUCAGGGGAAGCCAUUAAUCAGCUCUACAUGAGCACUGCACAAAAGUAUGAAGAUGUUAAAGAAGAAUAUGACUCACUACGCAAACGAUACUCUGAAUUAGCUGCUUCACACUCUACACUCACCACCAAAUAUGAACAAGCACAGGAGGAGGCCAUCAGGAUUAAGAAGCUCAGCGAUGAAAUUCUUAGGGAAAAGAACUGCCUUAAGCAGCAGUGCACGGAGGCCAUCAGGCAGUGGGACACGGCGCUCAGGGAGAAGAACAAACUCGAGGAUGAAGGCCGCAAGGCUCGCGAGAAGUGCGAGGAGCUCAUGAAGGAGAUGAACGGACAUCUGCUGCACCGCCAGCACCUCGGCAAAGACGUCAAGAAGCUGCAGGAGGAACGCAACUCCGUCAUGCACGAGUACACGCUCGUCAUGGGCGAGCGUGAUCAGGUGCAUAAAGAAAUGGACAAGCUGCAGGAGGAGUUGAACCAAGCCAACGCCGUCAUCAAGACCCAGCAGCAGACGCUCAAGGACCGUGACAAAGAGAAAGAAUCGCUGCUGCUACAGCUGGAGACGCUGAGGCGAGAGAUCAGCUCCUCGCUGCAGGACCGCGACUCUGCACUCAAGGAGCUGGCCGAGCUCAGGGAACGCACAGGAGCGCAGGAUGCAGACUCUGACAAACACUGGGACAUCGCUUAUAAGGACUACAACCCCUACGCCCAGCAGAGAGCACAAAUUCCUGAAGUCUCAUCGCUUGGUCAAGCAGGCGGCAGCAGCGGCCACAGCGGCCGCGGCAAGGAGCAGCGACUGGACGACCUCGAUCAGGCGAACCAAGAGAUAGAACGACUCAGGAAGACGGUUGAAAAACUUCAGGGCGAAUUGCAAGAAAGUCAACGCGAGGCGGAAGUGUCUCAGAGGAGACGCGACUGGGCGUUCAGUGAGCGCGACAAAAUCGUGCGCGAGCGCGAGAGCAUCCGCGCGCACAGCGACAAACUGCGCCGUGAGAAGGACCGCGCAGUCGCCAAACUUGCGGAGGCCAUGAGGGACUCUGACGACAUGAUGAAACAACGCGACGAGCUUCUCAAGCAGCUCAAACUUGCCAAAGAGCAGUUGGAGGACCUGGAGCGGUGUAAGCUGAGCACAGUACGCAAGCUGUGCUCCAGCAGUCGUGGCAGCUCUCGAGACUCAGCCAUCCACACGACGACGCCUCCAGCUCACCACAGCCCGCCUCUGCAGCCUCACAUCCAGUCUUCCACGUGGGAUACCCACAACAUAACUGUCAAGCUUGGAAGCCAUUAUGAAGGACCAGGGGCUGGACGUGUUGGUUUUGAAGUUCAGAGUGGAGACAACGAGAUACCGUCUGUGUUUGUCAGCAACGUUUACAAGGACUCUCCAUUCUAUGGCAAACUUAGGGUUCAGGACGAACUGAUCCGUGUGAACGGUCUGAAAGUGGGUGCGAUGACCGACUGCUCGUCUGUGUACAGCGCUGUGCUCGCCGGGGGGGAAUACGUCAGUAUUGCUCUCCGCAGACGACGCUCGCAGUCAUUGGGAGCUGUGGGGAGCGCGUAUCAUGGGCUGCUACACACCACACACCUGCACUGCCCCAGCGGCGUGUAUCACGGCGUGUCUCUGCUGACAGGGGUGUGUGUCGCGGCCAUCCAGCCUGGCUCUCCUGCUGCUGCUGAACCCAACCUCGCCCUCGGGGAUAGAGUGAUCAGCGUGAACGGUAAAGGCAUAGAAGGAGCGGACAUCACGUGUAAGGAAGCCCAGCAAUUGCUGGAUGCGGGUGUGGGAGACGUGGUCCAGAUCACUACCCUUAAGACGCUGUGUUCUAAUUGCUCUUCAACUCAUGUCAGCUGCACCAGCAGUGGGCAGAACCUGGCGUCUGAAAACCAAGAUGACUCCGAAUUUUGCCACGACUCUUUCAAUGCUAAGAAAAAUGAGUAUGUUCAUCACCACCACGAAGCAUUCGCCGGCAGCAAGAAGCCGGUUGGGUGUGAUGUGCUGGGCGUUGGGAGCAGUGCCGGAAGUCGCGAUAAUCACAAGAGAUUCAUGAUCAGUUCGGGCUUAGAAGAUUGUUUAAUGACAGGCGGUCGCAAGUAUGGGAGUAUGGAGCGCGGUGUUUACCAUGUAACUAAAGUAGCUGCGGGUAAAGGCUCUGGAAAAUGGGAUCAACUCAAGAGCAUUGUGAGGCCCCGAAGACACAGCAAGGAGCGAGUUACCAGUCCAGAAGUAAAAGAAAAGCACGCCAAUUCGCCUUUUUCUAUGGAUCAAGAAAAAGAAAAUGCAAUGGCGCAGCUUGACUCAGUUAUCAGUUUGUAUCAUCACAAAUGCAGUGGUAUGAGCGGGACUUCUCCAUCCAAGUCUAAAGAUCGAGACAAAGAAAAUAGCGGUGGCACGUGGCCAAAGUACAAAGGUGGUACUUUAAGUGCUUGGGACCCUGAAGCUGUUGGAGCUGUCAGCACACCGCCGCGUCGUGAACGAACUCCUCUUCUGUUACAUUCCCCCUCUGGAAACAAACGACUCGACUUCCCUGAUAUCAAGGAAGGUUUCGACUCCUAUCGCUCCACGAAACUAAGUGACACUGCCGUUGCAUUGCUGUCAGCCAGCACCAGAAGCAGUUCGAACAGCCCUCAGGCUCAUGGUUUUCUCAAAGCUUUGGAAGACAGAGCUGCUGGGACUCAGCAUUAUGGACCUGAUAUUUUGUACUCAGCAUCCAGUGGCCUGUACACUACUCCUCGUUCAAAGCAAGUAGUUUACAGUGGUAGUAUGCGCCAAAAUGUUGAUAUCAAAUCUGAAGAGAUCGAACGAGAGAAAAGGCUUGGUUCUCUUACUCCUUCAGAUACCUCCCUCGAUUUCAGCGUACGUUCAGGUAACGUGGGAAAAGAAGAGCUCGAGUAUUACGUAAAGAAAAAUAUAGUGAAAUGUCCGCUCAGUGAUACUGAAAGCAACGUGAGCAACAUUGACAUGCAUACUUCACCACAGCCCUUGAGUCUUCCUGCUGCUUAUGGAUAUCGUAACUACCAGCUACGGCAGCUGCAAGAGGGCCGCCUCACGCCCACUUCGAGGCUGCCCAUUCAUCCCCACACUGGUCUGUACUCCCCCUCAAACAGUGGGCUUCGAUCUCCUCACAGCUUCAUUCCUUACUCCUCACAUAACCACUAUUCGCAUCACCAUCCUCACACAAACGUUGGUGCUGCAAUCACGAGUGUUUCUCCACGUUACUCUUCUCCCACUCUGCCACACACCACCCCUUCUCCUUUUUUAAGUGCAUCAAGGAGUGGCGACUCCCUUCUCUCAUCACCCAGCCUCGGCCGGGACCCUAUUGAUGGCCAUGGACAUUUCGAACAACGAAUUUUUUCUUCUCCCGUCCACGUUUCGAAUUCUGCGUCACACGAGCUUCCUUGUAAUAAAGUCUCGCUUGGCAAACCUGCUGAUGGAUCCGGUUUUGCUGGCCAAACGAAACCCGUCUCGCAGUCCGAACACCAUCACCACUUCCAGCCCAAGGCUCGCUCCAUCCACCCUUACACAGGUGGACUGUCAGUACUGCCGUCCUUCGCACCAGCUUCUCGCACUCCAAUCGUGGAUGACUCAAUGCUCCAUCUUACACUCCUACCGUCAGCCAGCUUACUCCUUCCGCCAACCACGUGUCCACCUUCCUACCAGGACUACCACAAAGAGCGAGCUUUCACCACCAUGCCGCGGAAACGUGACGAGGAAAAAAUUCGUCUCUCAGCGACUCUUGGUGGCCUCAUCAAGAGCAGCUCAAGUGAGAGGAAUACACCUGUGCCGGACAGCGCCUUAAGAGAUAAUGGACCCACACCACCUCCAUCUCAUCACCUAUACCACCAUCAUCACCGUCACUCGUCACCACCUUCUUCACUUUUAACUGCACCCUCAGUAGGAGGUGCAGGGUCUCUGCGUCCAAUAGGUGGGCAGGAUCCUCAACAGAUUUAUUUCUCAGUCCAUAAUAGGCAACUGGGCGAGCAUCAGUGGCAACGACGCCCCGAACCAGGAGAAAUCCGCAACAUCGUUAUUGAGAAGGACAGUGAGCCUUUGGGUAUUCAAAUUAGAUGCCUCCAAAACGGAGGUGUCUUUGUCUCAGCAGUGACGGUGAAUUCCUUAGCAGAACUUGUGGGAGUUGUUGUGGGCGACCAGCUGCUAGAAGUGUGCGGCAUAAACAUGCGCUCUGCUACUAAAAAAACAGCUUCUACUGUAUUAUCGCAGUGUGGCAAAAGCGUAACGAUGCUUGUUCAGAAUAAUGCUGACAAGUACGAAGAGUUGGAAGGAUGGCAAGGCAGUAGCAGUGGUAGUAGCUUGCUUGACGGCGGGCGUUCACGUUCAGGCACACCAACACCACGCAAUUCCCCUAGAUCUGUGAGAUCUGCAAAUGUGCACCACAGACCUUCCCCUCACCAUCACACCGGCCGAACUCCAGACCUACUAGAUCACCACAGGUCGUCACCUCGCUACUUCGCAGGGGACGAUACGCAGCGCCACAGCGCACUCGUUAUGCUGGGUCCAGACGGCGCUCCGAUGUAUCAUGAGCACGUGCUCGUGGAUCGUGAUGCCAGUCAGAAUCGGCACCACAUCAGCAGUCCUCAUGCUGUUCAAACGUCUCGACGUCACGACGAGGCAGACAGAGAAAAUGAAGACAAGGAGGAAUCCUUGCCUCCCUCCUCAUCGUCAACCCUGCGGUCCCCCCUCCACCUAGGGUCAGGGGAACAUUCCCUUUCCACAUCCGCGCGCUCCACCCUAACGCGACCACAAAUUGCGCACGCCCUCGCCACUCUUACCCGCCCAGAUACAUACCAGCGAAGUCAACAGCCGGAAGCCGAAGAUUCCAGGGAUUCCAGGGACGAGAUAGGCGCCAUGAGCAGCUGCACUGAAGGAGGUCAACUGCUUCAACGCCAACAAGUCUUACGUCACUCCGGUGGUCACGGCACUGAGGGCGGCAGCUGUAAACACAAGAACGGUAACAGCCGUAAGAACAGCAGCUGUAGUAGCAGUAGUGGUGGUAAUACUGCAGUGAGCCGUGGCAGUAGCAGCCGUAGCAGUGGAGGAGGCAACCGUAGUGGUAUCAGCCGAGCCAAUAAUAAUGGAUCAAGGAGCAGCGGCAGCCGCAACAGUGGCGGCAGAAACAGAAGUUCCAUUGACCGUAAAGGCCGCAGCGGCAGCGACGCUGAGGAGCCGCGUGUUGUGUAUCUUGAAGUUAACAAAAGCUCAAACUUGGGCGUGCGGAUGGUGGGCGGCAAUGCCUUGGGCGUGUUCGUCCAUGCCGUCAUGAAGGAUUCGCCCGCCAGCCGUGCAAUGCUUCGUCCUGGUGAUCGUAUCUUGGAGUACAACGGCCAUGACCUCCGCUAUGCUACGGCUGAGCAAGCGUCCUACGAACUCGCCAAGCCUGCUGAUAGCGUCGCUAUGCUUGUUCAGUACGACCCACGCACCUACGCAGUGGUGCAGGAACAACCUGGAGACAGCUUCUUCGUGCGUGCGUUGUUUGACAACGUUGGCAGCGAGGCCUCAAACGAGCUCACGUUUCACAAGGAUGACAUCCUCUACGUCGACAAUACAUUGCAUAAUUCCGUGCCCGGCGUGUGGCGUGCCUGGUUGCUAGAUCAAGACGGUCAAAAACUCGCAUGUGGACCCAUACCAAGCAAAGACAAGGUGGAAGAGGCGAUGCUGCAACGUGGCUGUGGCUCGGGUAUUGACCUGACGACGCUGCCCUUCAGUGGAGGCACCGUCUUGAGCAGCAUCAGUGGCGCCAGUGCCUCCGUGGAUCCCAGCAGGAGAGGAAACACCACCGCAAGACGCUCAUUCUUCAAACGAAAAAAACAUUCCAGAUCCUCGUCCAGAGACAGUAAAGAACUGGCCAGUUUCUCGGACGCGUCCCUGAAUUCGUUCGGUGACUGUGGAGCGACGAGCUCCUCCCUGGCUGAGGAGGCGGGGGCCUCCAUUGCCUACCUCAGGGUCGAGCGUCUGGACAAUAAUGUUCGUCGGCCAGUCCUGCUCUUCGGGCCGCUGGGGGAGUUCGUAGCAGAUAAGCUGGCAUACGACUAUCCUAAUCAGUUUGUACGCUGCGUGCCUGAAGUAAAUCAGCGCGCAACCGCUGAGCAGUUGGAGGCCGCAACUGCAGGAGGCCUCGUUGUUGAGUACAGAAGGCGGGGGCCUGCGUGGGACGUUAUCACUGUUCAGCAGGUCAAAGAAAUUGCCGAAAAGGGCUGCCACGGUCUCCUGGACGUGACAAUCGGCGCAGUGGAGCGCCUCCAACGCCACCGCAUCUAUCCCAUUGUUCUCAUCCUCAAGUUCCGUUCGCACAAGCAGGUGCGCGAAGUUUGCGAUUCCCUGCAACAUUCAAUAGACAAACUUCCCUCAAAACACGCUCUUGACAAAAAUUUACCGCAGAAAAUAUCACAGAAAGAAGCAAAAGAGAUGUUUGAAUUGUGUAAUAAGCUCGAACUCGAGUACAAGAGCCUUGUAUCGGCCGUUGUCCCGGCAGUGGUGAAAAUGUCGUUUAUGUGCAAUCAAGUCAAAACCUGUGUUGAAUCUGAACAGUCAAAGACUCUGUGGGUGCCCGCGUGAGUGGAUUGUAUUGCGUGGACCUCGCCCGUGUCAGGUGGUUGCAACGUGCACUGUUGUUCGAAGCUUAUGAAAUUUCUCUACAAUCUUACUGAGGAAGGAAGCGCCUCUCACACUUAUGAACAAACUAUACCGACAUUCAAACUUACAUACCAUACGUAAGACGUCUAUGACAUGUAUACUAAUCUUUCAGAAGCUAUUAUACAAUUGAUAGAAAAUAAAUGAGAAAUAUGCAAAUACCGGUAUAUGCACUCUUGCUUGGGUCAGGAUUAAUGGAUGAUCUUUUUUAGUAUGUAUCUUCUAUUUGCCCAAAUGCGGUUGACUCGCUCACGAGUGUUGAAGCCGAGCUGUAUAUUUCUGAUGUGCUAGAAAACUUCUUGAAAGAACUCAUUGAAUAAUAUCGAUGAUUGACCGCCUUAUAGUUUUCAAGUUGCUUCUGACUUUAUACUCUUUGAUUCACUUUGGUUGGCCAUUGUUUAAUGCAAUAAUUAAUUCAAUACUAUAAUCAUGUUAUCAAGAGUAUCUAUCAUCUUAAUUAUUGUGUUGUAUGUAUGCAGUACAAUUAGACAUCUCGGCUUAUUCAUUCCUGAUAUUGAUAAGCAUUUCUUACGAAUGCCGCUGUAAAGCUCUUCAAAAAGAAUUUUUUUCCUUACGAUGUAAUGUCUUUUAUGAUAUUUUUAGGUUGAAACAAAGUUUUAGUUAAUGACGAAUUUUAGUUUUUUUAUUGAUACCUCGAAAGUGCAAUAGGAACAUAAUUUGCUACCUUGCUUCUCAGUGUCCUUUUUCGCAGUUUCUGAUGUACGUUACUUACAAUCUAUUUUAAGUGUUUCUUAGAUUCAUAUUUGUUCUUUGUAAUUAUUUUCAAAUUAAUUGUCCUCUGAUGACGCCUAUUACUAGGUAACUGAUUUCAAGACAUAUCUUUACUUUCGUUGAACAAACUACGAAUGGCUCAUUACUUCUCUAACGCAGAUGCCAUUGUUCUCUUCAUUAUCGAAUGACAUCUGUCCCGGCAAUGCGUAUUUUGUGCAAUAUAUUCUAUUGAUCUCUAUUGAAUUCUCAGUUAUUCGAGACUGGUGUAUUUUUUCAUGUAGUAUUUCAUUCAAUUUCCCAUCGAAGAUCUUAUUGUUUAAAUGCAACUUCCUCGACUAAAGAAGCCAGUCCUUUGUACCUCCUUAGGUCGCGAGCAUUUCUGUUUGUUUGAUUUUCUUUGAACUGCGCAAAGCUAACCCUAUGGUGUAUACCUGCUGUGAGUAGUUGAACUGUGUAGCUCACUAGGUAGUAGAAACUCUAACUUAAUAGUAGUCUUACAUUGCAGCUUCAGAGCUCCUAUUCUUCUACUUAGACCGUGAAGUAGCAAAUUAUCAGCAAUUAAGUCCCGCUAAUUGCGAUGAGGUUGAAAAAAACGCGCUAAAUUAAAUUAUUCUGUACAGCGUCUUUCAGAUCAAUCAGCAAAUUUUUUCCCUUUCUGCUGAUCAUUAUGAAGGAUUAAUGGUACUACUAGGGAAAAUGCGCACGUAUUUCGGUAGAUCUCUGCCCAUUCCCACUGCACGUGGUAGUAAUUUUGGCGUCAGCGACCUUACUGUUAGCAGAGCCAAUAUCUGAUGGCAACGGUGAGUGGGCAAAGAGGUCGCCCUCUCCGAAGACGCCUUUCCCUUACGCUUGCUAGUUUCUGGUGCACAUUGUGUGGUUGACUUGAGUGCUUGAGAAGGCAAUCGAGCCCACCAACCGUAAAAACUUCUAUUUUAGAACUUAUUUUAUCUGAACCGAAUUUCCGUCGUCCGUUUUGUUAGGAAAUGCUGCUUUCAUUGACAGUUCGAAGAAAUCGAAAAUGUCUUGUGGAGAAAUUCGAGGAUUUCUUGCGUGCAAUAUUUUGAUGCCUCGUGUAUUGUCUAUUAUCUCUUCUUGGGCCUUUGAUGCCAUUUUUGGGACUGGUCAGAAAGUGAAGAGAGUGCAUUCCAUCUUUACUGAUUGGCAGCUUACUUGUCAUUGUCGGAACGAUAGAAACUUUAUAAACCAAUGUAGACUCCGGGUUCAAUAAACUUGUAUCAUGUUUGAGAAAAAUCAAUAUCAGAUGAGAGUUAGUUCUGAUGACUCUUAAUUUAGCUGGGAUUGUUGAUAAUUUAAAAGGCGGUAUAGAGUGCGUUGAUGGAAAUUGAUUGGUUUUCAAAUUGGUUGUCGUAUUGAUGUUUUCAUCGCGACUAAUUGACUGGUCGGCGUAUCGCGAGAGUUUGAGUCGUGAUAAAAGUUUCAGUUGUUUGCAAGACGUAACCUCAUAAAAACUGACGAUUUCAUAACAAGUAAAGUAUUGUGAACAACUACUUUAUUGAUAUUACAGGUGAUUGCAUCUAUGCGAUCAAUAGUAAGUAGUGCCUAGAAUCAUGAACAUAAGUACUCUGACGCUUAUACAAGGCAGCUGAAUGGCUAACAAGAGAAAUAUGAUUAAUGGGCUAUUCAUAUUAUGAACUGGAGAAUAUGACCGCAUAAUUAUUUAAAAUCGUCAUAUAGUUGAGCGGAAAAAUUGUAUCCAUGAAAUUCAAUCAAAGUAGAAACUUCUCAUAUCAUUUGUGGGAGUUGGAAGGGAAGAUUAACUACAGGUAUAAUAUUUGAAUUUUUGAUACAUGGCCUCGAGAAAGUUGUGUUAGUUUUAAGGCUCGUUUAAUAACUAAGAGUCCCUGUGGUCCUGAGGCGAUGUUUCUCGCCGAGUGUUAGCCUGUGCCCUUACGACUGUUCGCUCCUGUAGGGUAUAAGAACCAACGACAAUAGGCAUAAUAAUAAUAUCCUGUUAUUGUGAGCUAUAAUAUCUAUUUAUGGUUGUUGCUGUGGAGUUCACGUUGAUCUAUCAAAUCCUGUAGUAUUUUCGUACCAGCCCUUGAUGCUUGAGGAAGUCCAAUCGUAUUUUUCUAAAUCAUGAUCUGCUCGUCGUCUUCGACCAGUCUUACCUUAAGCGAAAAUGUAAGCUAGCUAAUUUUAACGUCAUUCAUAUCGAUUAUCGAAUCCUUGACUGGCUUCACGAUGAGCAGAAGUCUUUAAUUUCUCGCUAAAAUUUGUUCUUCAAAGCUUACUGUGUAGCCGUGCUUUGAAGGCUCUUGUCACAGAUUAUAUUUCUAGCUAUCCUAAAAAAAUAAUAUCUUUAAUUGUUCGUGACAAUCAAAACUGUAAAUCUGAUUUUAUUUCCUGCGAUGAAUGGAGAAAGAGUUAAUUGAAUAUUCUAAACCUUGCAACUUUUCUCGUCUCUUUGUUCACUAUGACUGCCGAAAAUGGGACUUCUCUGCUUUUGGAAAAAAUAUAUUGCCUCUUUCGCUUGAAUGUCUCAAAUUAGCACGAAUUAGUUCUCGGAUGAACCUUAUGGUUGUGUUGUCUUUCGACUACUUUGAGGUUUAAACAAAAACUAUUUCAGAAAUUAUAGCCUUGUCUUCUGCAUAGAAAUAUUCAUCGAUCCAAAACCCGGUUUUUUCGUCAUUGGUGAUUAGUGUAGUUUCAUGUAGUCGUUCCGACCACCAAAUAUGUUUGUGAGCAGCUCUCUCUAUGUUGGUCUAUAAUAGUAUUGGCUGAAGUCUCGAGUUUGUAUCCGCAUCCUUCCAUUGUAGAUCAAAAAGAUACCUAAACGUCGGCGGUUCAGACGCUAAAUUACAAUUUUACUCUAGCAAAAAAACCAUCUAAUUGAUCCAGCGUAGAUUAUUGAAUUGAAUGCAUCCAUACCUAAAGAAUUGUUCUCUUUCUCAUUAGAGGCACGUGCUAUUUGCUGUUGUUGGAAAUGUUUCAUGAAUCGUUCAAUUGGAUAGAGUAGAACCUGUUGUGUAAUUCUUUCAUGGUUGUAACCGGCAGCUUGUCACCUAGUAGCAACCUUUGCAGGCGUUCACGUUCUGCUCCUUAGGUCGCCUUUUAGCAGUCAUUUUUGAUAAAAAUGAACUAGAAACCUGUGCCCUCGCCCUCUCCACAUGGGAUGAUUCUACGUGCACCGGUGGUGAUCAAUACUCUAAUCUUACCACUUUGGUGCUACACGAGACCAUUUCAUAAUGCCACUCAAAAGUUUAUUUUACUAUGACGCUGGCAAUAAUUUGGAGAUCUUGGCUUUAAGCUUUUGCCUCGAAUAAUUGUUUUGGCAGAAAUGUUGAGUCUCUUCGCUAGCAAUGUCAUCAUAUCGAAGGGCUUCAUAUAGCAUGUUAAGGCAUUUGAAACGCUUGUUCAAGCAACGCAGGCAAGACAACGGAAGUUAACUGACACUCAGAGCUCAUAUCUCUAACUUGUUCGGUCUCCCUCGUCUAUCCCAUGUAAAUUGUAAAAAAUGUUAUAUUUUAUGUGUAAAUUUUCUUAUGCAGCGUAUGUACCUAUUCAAAUAAAAACAUAUUUUAUA